GGCGAACCUGAACCUCCCGGUUCUCUGAAUCCUAGAUCCCAACUUCCUUCGCUAGAGCUGAAUUUAGACAGCUCCUCAGGAUGUGAGCAAGGAGUGUAUACCACAGACGACAGCAGACGAUUGGAAACGCAACAUUGGCGAGUUUUGAGCUGGGAAUACACUGACAAUCUGGGGGUUUAGCAACCAGGGGAGUCCACAAUGACUUGGGGAACGGAGCUUUGGGACCAGUUUGAAAACCUUGACAAGCAUACUCAAUGGGGGAUCGACUUCCUAGAGAGGUAUGCAAAGUUUGUCAAGGAAAGGCUGGAGAUUGAACAGACCUAUGCAAAACAGUUAAGGAACCUGGUUAAGAAGUACUGUCCCAAGCGCUCCAAAGAUGAUGAACCUAGGUUCUCGUCGUGCAUGUCCUUCUACUCCAUCCUGAAUGAGCUGAAUGACUAUGCGGGGCAGAGGGAGGUAGUGGCCGAGGAGAUGGGGCACAAUGUGUACGGAGAGCUGAUGAGGUAUUCACAGGACCUCAAGUCAGAGAGGAAACACCACCUUCAGGAGGGCAGGAAGGCCCAGCAGUAUCUGGACCAGUGUUGGAAACAUAUGGACAAUAGCAAGAAGAAGUUUGAGCGGGAGUGCAAGGAGGCAGAGAAAUCACAGAUCAGCUACGACAGGUUAGACAACGACAUCAACGCCACCAAGUCAGAGGUAGAAAAGGCAAAGUCCCAGUUGUACCUGCGCACACACUCAGCAGACGAGAGUAAGAACGAGUAUGCUGCUCAGCUGCAGAACUUUAACGGGGAACAGUGGAAACAUUUCAAUGUGGCCAUUCCACAGAUAUUCAAGAACCUGCAGGACAUGGACGAGAGGCGGACAGUGAAGCUGGGAGAGACGUACCGGAACUUUGCCGAAGUGGAGCGCAGAGUCGUCCCCAUCAUCUCCAAGUGUCUGGAGGGCAUGGUGACUGCUGCCAAGGCUGUGGACCAACGCAAGGACUCAGCGAUUGUAGUGGAGUCAUUUAAGUCAGGCUUUGAGCCUCCAGGGGACUUCCCAUUUGAGGACUACAGUCAGAACCUUUCCCGGACGGGCUCAGACAACACCAUCAGCACCCCCAAGAACGAGGGGGUGGUCAAGCCAGACCCCAAACACUCGAUUAGCAAGGCGGCCAAGAACAAACUGUGGCUCUUUGGGAAAAAGCCCAAGUCUCCCCCCUCCUCUCCUCCCCCUGCUCCCCACCGCCCCGACCUGGCUACCGCCAGCCACUGUCAGGCUCCUAAAUUUGCUAGUGACCCCAUAGCUUUCUGUCUGUCUGAACUGAGAACGGUCAAACCCAGGAUAGCCUCUUUCAGGGGUCUUAAACGAGGGUGGUCAGUGAAGGCUCCGUCACUGGAGGACUUCAGCCAUCUGCCUCCCGAACAGAGACGCAAGAGGCUGCAGGCUCGGAUCGACGAGCUCAGCAAAGAACUACAGAAAGAGGUGGACCAAAGAGAUGCACUGAACAAGAUGAAGGAUGUGUAUGAGAAGAACCCUCAGAUGGGCGACCCACAGAGCCUCCAGCCCAAGAUCUCUGAGACCAUGUGCAACAUGGAGAAACUACGCUCCGAGAUCCACAAGAAUGAGAGCUGGCUGUCAGAGGUGGAGGGGAAGGUGAGCACCAGAGGAGAUCGAAGACCCAGUGCCGACGUCAACCAUCACACACCCCAUGGCAGAGAGAGCCCUGAGGGCAGUUACACAGAUGACCCCAGCCAGGAGCACCGCAGCCCCCCUCACCAGCCAGACCCCCGACAGGCCCAUCAGCCAGACCCCCGACAGGCCCACCAGCCAGACGAGUUUGAUGAUGAAUUUGACAACGACGACCCCCUCCCAGUCCUUGGCCACUGCAAAGCGCUCUACUCCUUUGAUGGUCAGAAUGAGGGAACACUGUUGAUGAAGGAGGACGACGUGCUGUACAUCAUCGAGGAGGACAAGGGCGACGGCUGGACGCGAGCCAGGAAGCAGAGCGGAGAGGAGGGCUAUGUGCCCACGUCCUACGUGGAGAUCGCCAUGGAGAAGAACAGCAAAGGUGCAGUCACCUACAUCUGAUCUGACCACCUGCAUGGACUCAUAUUAUAAGCCCUCUUCCUCUGGGGAAUGCUGGUCCGAACAGCAAGUCCUCUUUGUUCACUGUGUGAGCUCACGGACAAACAAACACUCUACAGUCCUGCUAUUGUCGUGACCCUCUAGGAGCUCAGUAUCAAUGAAUUAAGCCAUGUGUGUCUGUAGGACGACGUAUCCAUAGCCAUGCUCUAUGGCAAGGGGACUCAUCACCCCUUAGGCCUGAUUAUUUUAUUUAAUAUUUCAAAAGUGAUUUGUUGUUUUUAGUUCAUGUAUCUUUUUUUUAUUUUUUUAAGGUAGAUGAUAAAAUGCUCUUCUGGUUUUAAGAUCUUUCUACUUUGGAUCAAAGUGAUUUGGAAAAUAGGAAAAGUGACGUAUACAGAUUUGACCCAUUGUAUUGUCUAUAUGUUAUCACUCAGCUGUUGUGAGCCUGGUAUGUUAAGUACUCUGCUCCACCUAUUAAGACAGGAAUGCAGUAAUACGUCCCGGUAAGGAGUGGCCUAGUUUGUGCCUAUAUGACUCAUAUUUCCCACCACCAUACUACCCUUUAAGAUAAUUGUACACUUCUUCUCUCUUCCUUUGAUUUGUAUGUGUGUGUGUCACAACAAUGCUGCCCUCUGGUGGUCAGGGCUAUAUUACACCCAGGGGCGUGGUUCUUCACUGUGUACUACUUACUGUCCGCUAUCUGUCUCUGUCCUAGGGGUGGGGGUCGGUACAGUAACUCCUCUCCUUUCUCUCUCUCUCUCCUGUUGGACUGCAGGUUCCUGAGUGGAGCAGUGUGGCGAGGUCUUUGGUGGAGGGUACAUGCUGAGUCUGGUGGAGCUAGUGGCAGGCAGGGCUUGACUUGGGAGGGGAGGGGGUUGGCAGGUCACAUGUUUGCAUGCACACAUCCAUGGCCAUUAACAUCAUUCCAUAGCAGUGAAGAUUCCUGAGGUGGUAGCUAUGCCUCUAUAGGAGGGGAGUGUUCUUCUAAACUGUCUAUACACAACACAGAGUAACCAAUCCACUGCAGCAUACCAGCAAGAUCAGGGACCAGGGAGGGGGCUUAUAGUUAGCGACUCACAACAUCUUUUAUAAUGAGAGAUAAGCAAUGAACACACUACUACUCCACUAUUACGUAUCUCUUAAUGUUGUAUUUCUGCUCUUCAGGCAACAUCCAGCACUAACAGCCUGCCUUGUUGUCGCAUUGUUACAUUCUCAUUCCGUUGUUGGGAAUGUCUGCCUGUCUGUGCUACUCGCCUGCGGUCGCCUUACCUUAACGUGCUUCAGCAUGUCUGUAAUAUGAACUGUCAUUACGUCAUACGGGAAGGAAUGCAGCGUCUUGUAUGUAACUCUGUGGUUGCCCUCGCCGCCCGUUGGUUCACUUCUAAUCUUCCUGUCUUGUCUCCUUCAUUCAUCCACGAUUUUGGUUUCUUUUGUCUCUCCGUUUCUUUUCUUUCUGUGUUAAUCAAAACAUUCCCAUCAUGCCGUGUGUGUGUUGAGCGUCACCUCUGUCGUGCUGUUGUUCAGGAUCUCAUGUGGCACGGCCACUCAGAUCAGCGUAGGAGCAGUACUUCUCUAGAAACAGCAUGCCUGCCCUUACACUACCACUUCAUCCCCUCCUCCUCAACCCUGCACCAGCACCGCAGACUGGAGAAAGGCAGCAUGCCAGCAGAGGGCCCUCCUCCCUCACCAGCCAGUCAUCACACAGCAGCUCAGGCUAGGAAACCUCCUCCCUCACCAGCCAGUCAUCACACAGCAGCUCAGGCUAGGAAACCUCCUCCCUCACCAGCCAGUCAUCACACAGCAGCUCAGGCUAGGAAACCUGGAGGCUGAGCUGAGACAAAUGACUGGGCAUCAACCCGCAAUUCAACAACAACACUCCAAAUCUCCUUGCAGUCUCUGCCUUAAUACUAACUCUGGGAGUGGGGAUGGACCUGCUGAUUGCUCUUCCAUCACUCUCUGCCGCACACAAGGGCUCCAACCGACAGUCUACGGUGGCUUGCUGUGGUGCUCCUCUGGGCCCCACCCAGACUCCUGCCGCGUCUCUUCUCCUCGGUCUUACAGGAGCAUCCUGGGGCUUUGCUGCGUGCGGUCUCCACGUGAAAGAGUGUUGCAUUCCCAUACCGUUCCUGUUUCAAGCGCAUAUUAUAAUUGUGAAUGUGAUUAUACAUAUGUAUGCGUACUAAUGUGUGUAUGCAUAUACGUAGUUUGUUUUAUUACUAAAUUGUAUGUAUUAACAUCUCUUUUAUUUCAUGCUGAAUGUGUUUUUAUUGUGACUUUUUAUAGGGAUUUUAAUCAGAUGAAUGACUCACUUCUCAGAAUCGUGCCGUGCCGUUAGCUCAAAGUAACCAUGCAUUGUUGUCAGAACAUCCUUCUGAAUAGGGACAUGGUCUUCACUGAUGCACUUUUGCCCUAUAGCAUUUGAAUCGAAUAUCAAUGAAUAAAUGAAUGAAUGAAA